AUGGCUGGCCUUUGGCAGCUGCUGGGCCGCGCGAAAGCGCAGCGAGGCGCCGACGAGGGUGAGGAGCUCAUCUUCGGCGCGAAGCAGCUCAGCAAGGCCUUCGUCCUGGCGGGGGACCUGGGGGCGUCUGCGCAGCUCACGGAGGAGCCAUGGCUACUCUUGCUGGAAGAGACCUUCCGGCUUGCGGAGAAAUCACAGCUGGAUGAUGUGGCCAUCAUGGUGGGCUGUCAAACCCUGCACCGCCUGCGGACCAGCGCCUUCGCCGCUGGCAGGUCCGGCCCCUCCACGAGGCUCCUGGCGCAGGUCUUCGUGCCGGAGACGCUGCGGCGCCUCUCGAAGGGCAAGCUGCGGCGUCUGGCGGCCACGGUGAGUUGGAUGGCCCGCAUGGCGGAGCAGGUUGAGGGCCACCCAUCCCUUCGCCGGCAGAUCGAAGAUCUGGUGGUGCAGGCGGCGGAGGAGUUGCCGGUGCGCAAGGAGGCGGGCUCGGCGAGCGGCCGGGAGGUGGGCCUCGUCUGCGAGGCCUUGAGCUUGCUGCGGCUGAGGAGCGACCUCUUCCUGCGGUACCUGCGGUACCUGCUCCGCCAGGACUGGGACUCGGUGUGGAGCCCCAAGUCCCUGAAAGACGCCGCGCGCUACCUGGCGCUCUGCGAGUGCUCGGACAAGAGGGCCUGGCGGGCCCUGGCCCUGCGCGUGGACAAGGAGCCCGAGCUGUCUCCGGGAGCUUUGGCGGAUCUCGCCUUGUCCUUCGGCACUGGGAAGACCGCGGUGUGGCCCGCGUUGGCGCGGCGCUUGGCGGCGCAGGCUGCGAAUUUGGGAGCAGAGGAAAUGGCAGUGCUGUGCCGCGCCGUGUUGCUACAUCCGCUGGGCACCUUUGGCGAUGCAGCCGAGGAGGAGCUUGCCGAGGCGCUACUGAAAUCGCUGAGUCGGCGGUGUGGGGACUUCACUCCGCAGCUGCUGCGGCCCAUCUGCGAGGCGCUGCUGCGCUGGCGGGUUGCGCUCAGGAAGCCCCAGGCCUUGGCGCCGGUGCUCUCUGCGCUGGCGCGGCCCUGCGCACUGCUGGCCCCCAGCGAGGCCCUGGCGCUGUGGUCACUGCUGGGACCUCUUGGGGUCGAGAAGAGCCCUCCACUUCUGCAGGCCUUGGCUGGGAGUUGUCAGAAGGCGGUGGCGGAGGCCAAAGAGUUGCAGAGCUGCGUGGUGCUGUGUCCAGGCUCUGACUGGUGGCUUCAUCACCUGGUGCUGGCGGGCUUCCUGCCUUCGCGCGAGCUCGUGGCCUCGCUUUCGUGGCAGAUGCGUAGCGGAGAGGACUUCGUCACCUCAGCGCGGCUCGUGGCGCUCUGCGGGCGCGCAGGGUUCGUCGAGGAGCUCGAGCACCUGGUGCCAGCCUUCUGCGCCCUGGAGGAGCUUCCCGGCCCAGCGCUGGGUGCCGCGCUGCAAGGCCUGGCGAAGGCGCAGUUCCGGCCCCCCAAGGCGUUGAUCCGGGCGGCCCAACGGCAGAUCGCCGAGCAAACGCCCCAGGUGGCAGCCGCUUUAGUGACCUCCCUCUGGGCGCUGGACUUCUUGCGCUCGCCAAAGGAGGUGCUGCACUCGCUGGGCUCCUUGGACGACAUCUCUCAGCUCUCCCUCGGCACCCAGCUAGCGCUCUGCAUCGGCACCGCGGACCGGGUGCCCGCGCAUCUGCUGCCGCCCACAUGGCACAGGGUGGCUUCGGGGAGCUGUGCUUGGAUCCGCUGGAUCUCCAACAAGGUUCCCCCUGGCCUUCUCAGCUGCCCGGCCACUUCCUGGUUCCGCAUCCUGGCGCUGCUCUCGCCGGAAGCGGCGGAUCUGGGCGGGGGGGGGGUGCAGGUGGCAUCCGUGGAGCCCCAGUUGGAGGAGGAGGAGGAGACGCUGCUGCGUCCCCAGCGGGAGGUGCUGAAGUGGCUUCAGCAGUCGCGGCUGCCAGUGAGUCAAGGCUGUUUGCCGCUGCCACCCCAGAACGGCCGCAGCCGCCUGCGCGUGGACUGUGAGGCGGACAGAUCGGACACCGACGCGAAGGGCUUGGGCACGGAAUGCCUCCGCGACGCGCCAGCCAUCAUUUACGUGGAGACGCCAGAAGCGACAAUUCCUCCAGAAGAGAACAUGUGGUUCGUGGAAGCAGUCGACGUCAUAGGCAACGACUACACCUCCCAGGGCGACCGUUUGGGCAGAGGCACGCUUAUGGGCUUCUCCAUCGUGGACAUGGAUGUGCAGGUGGUCUAUGGCUCCUUGGCCUCUGUCCCGGCGGAUGUGGGCAUCGCAUUUACCAGCCGCGUGCACGUGCCGCCGCUGGGACAGUUGGUGGUCAUCGGCCCGCGGGACCUUCAAGAAUUCGGCUGCGAGAACAAGCGAGGCUUCGUUCAGCUGGUGUCCUCUGGUGAGUUCAGGAGCUGCCAGACUGCGGUGAACCCGCCCUCUGUCACCAUCACCCUGAACGAAACCCUUCACCAGUCGCUGCACGUGGUCAUCGUGCCAGGGGAAACCCCCAGACAGAACCCGCAAGCCGCCCUCAACACCUUCGACAUUUUUCUUCGAGCACCGGACGGCCGAAAUCUGGACGUUGCGCUGAAAGUCCCUGGUGAGCCUGUGACACAAGGCGGGCGGUUAAGCGUCCUUUCACUCUGGUGGACGCAGCUUCUCCAGUAUGACCAAUUCUUCGAAGUUACGGUGCCGCUGGAGAUCCUGGACGAUGUGGAUAUCCUGGUGGGGGGCAUUUUGAUCGACUUCCCCAAGCAGCCGGACUUUACUCUUCACUCCCUGGAUGUGAAGUUUGCCAACGCCUUCGGGGAGAGCCUCUACCUGAGCAGCUCGCCCUAUCAGGGCUCAGUAGGGGACAACCAGCUGCUGAUCCGCCUGGACAAGACCAAGAGGCUUCGGACAGGUCUGACAAUGAUCAGCUUCACCAUCACAAGACCGACGCAGCUGCCGUUGUUCAACUUCUGGCGCGUGGCUCUUUGCGGGAACAUGGGCCCCAACGGCGAGAACUGCACCCUCGGGGAGCUCCGCCGGGACCGCGGCAGCGAGGUGAUCUGCGCGCCUCGGAGACCGGCGAAGAAAUCGGGCGGGCGGGGACGGGCCUGA